GUGCCGUCACCAUGUCUUGUCAGUUAAUGUUGCAAUUAAAAAAGUGUGGUCCGACAGGGCCAGGUUGAGCUUGAGCGUUACCUUACUUUAUAUCACGCAGGAUGGAUUCUGGAGUAUCUGAUGUUUCCAAUUCUGUCAAAUUAAACUUUGCAUUACUUGACAUUCUAUCAUCAUAUCACAUAUUGAGCUAAUAACCUAACAAGAUGUGUUUGUCUGUAGGUAAACACUUUCCAGUGACCAGUUCGCCAUGAUGGAUUCUCAAAACCACGAACCUACUAUCGACUUGCGCCGCAUCGACCUCAUCAUACAUGUUGACGCAAGACGCGAACAUCAGACCAGUUCGAUUGUCCGGCCUGAUGACAGUUCUGACGUACAGGAUCCUUGGGAUUUGACUGUGUUUUCUCGGGACUCUGAAACAAUGGAACUGAGGGAACAUUUAAAAGAAAUGACCACCAAACUGGUCAAGGGUACGUAUGUUAGUAAGGAAGUCAGCAACAACAGCGCGAAGAGCACAGAAAAGACUAAAUGGAAGUACAGCUUCGGAAGCAAAAGCUACAAACUGACAAACACUAAUGACGACGGCAAGGUGGGACGAGGUUCCGUUCGGUUCGUCUCUGUUCGCCCUGCCAAGUGCACACAUCUGCUGGACAAAAAACAACUACACAAGUUGCGGUCCUGGGUACCUAAACGGUUUCAGCUUCACCGACCAGUGACACUGUUCAGCACAAUCAACGAUGGCUUCCACCUCCAGACCAUGUACCACAUGUGCAGAAACUACUCGGAGUUCGCGCUCAUAAUUCGCACUGACAAAGAAGAGAGGUUUGGUGCAUUCAUCAAAUGUAUCAAAAGCUUCGAAGAUAGCAAGAAAGACCAGGGUUACUUUGGAACCGGGGAGACGUUUGUGUUUUCGUUCUCCCCUGUGCCCGUGAGGUAUCCAUGGGUGGGACAGAUGGAACAGGACAUGUUCAUCUCGGCAGCCAACAACAGCUUAAUCAUCGGGGGAGGUAACGGCUAUGCUAUACAGCUGGGCUCCGACCUGGAACUAGGAUACACCGGGAUGUGUGACACCUUCUACAACCCCAUCCUCUGUCAGGACGCCCACUUUCGCUGUCUGGAGUUGGAAGUUCUGGGCUUUAGAAGCUAAAAGUGUCUAUGUAUCUGUAUGGGCAUCCUGCGUAACAUAUCAGCUAUGUUUACAUUGUAUGUAUCAAAUACGACAUCACUUUGGAUAAGUUGUUUUAGAGUGUAACUGUGCUGAAUAAUAGAUACAUGUACUUGUGGAAUUGUGCACAUAUGAAGACAACGUGUACGGUAAUGUAUAUAAGUUAAGUUGUAGAAGACCAUACAAAAGUCUCUGUACUUUUUUGUUGUGUCAAUAAAGAAUCUAUAUUAAGCUUUCAGACAGGGUAGCCAACUUAUACCAACUACAGGGUGAAAAUCCAACUGUAGGUGAUGUGGUACUCAGUAACCUAUAUAUCAUAAUGAUCGUACUUUCUUACUGUGUGAGAGCUAUUGAAUAAAUGUAUUUAACUUCUCAUUAUGAGAGCUGUAUGCCUAAACAGGGUAACAGUCCUAUUGUGCUAAAACUACAGGGUAAAAAUAGGUGUGGUAGAACUUACAUGGUAAUCUA